AUGAGUUACAAUCUAUCCAAGUAUCCUGAUGAUGUGUCGAGGCUUUUCAGACCAAAGCCUCCUUUGCCUUACAAGAAACCAACAGAUUAUCCGUAUGCGAAAAGGCAAACAAACCCAAAUAUUACCGGUGUUUCCAAUUUAUUAUCAACAUCCUUGAAACACUACAUGGAAGAACAUCCCCAAGGUACCCCCAACAACCAUCUACAAAAAUACGAGGAUGUCAAAGUUUCCAAGAUCAAAAACUCUCAUUUGAUAGACCGGAAAUUACAAAGCUGGAAUCCGAAUGCGGACCCUCAUAUUAGGGACACAGAUCCCUACAGAACGAUAUUUAUUGGGAGAUUACCAUACGAUCUCAACGAAAUUGAACUGCAAAAGCAUUUUGUUAGGUUUGGCGAGAUUGAGAAGAUUAGAAUAGUCAAGGACAAGAUCACCCAGCAAAGUAGAGGAUAUGCCUUCAUAGUGUUCAAAGACCCAAUCAGCAGCAAAAUGGCAUUCAAGGAAAUCGGAGUGCACAGGGGUAUCCAGAUCAAAGACAAGCUCUGCAUAGUCGAUAUAGAAAGAGGCAGAACCGUCAAGUACUUCAAGCCAAGAAGAUUGGGCGGCGGCCUCGGGGGCAGGGGCUACUCUCACGGGGAUAGCAGACUGCCAGAAAGGUUUGCAAGCUCAGGCGCUGCCACUGUCAUGGACAGAAACUACUCUCUCAGACCACCACGCAUGGAACCAUCUUCUUCUGCGUACAUUUCCGAGAGAUACACUGGUUCCACGUCAGAAACAAGAUAUCAAGGUCACAGGCCUCUGCUCGCCGCCUCCACUGCCAUUCCUGCUGUUGCCUCGGUAUAUAAAUCCAGAAAUUCGCGGACUAGAGAGUCUCAACCAGUUGCCAAGGAAGUGCCAGACUACUGA